AUGGAAACGCCAAUUGAACUUAAAGAGAUAACACCUGAACCGAUGACAUUAGAGGAUUUAAAUCUAAUAGCGAAGGAGAAAGGAGUCCCGAAUUACAAACCGCACAAACGUAAUCCUAUACUUCUGAAAAUACUCUUCUACCUUCUCAAGGUGCAAAAAUAUUCAGCAUAUACGUUUUCAAGUUUUCUCGGGUUACAUUUAACAUCUGUGGUUAUAGUUCCAGGCUUAGGCGUACCUAUGCUACUCGGACAAGAAAUAUUUGAGAUGAGCAGAGCUGUGUAUCAGUCUAUUCCGUACUUUGAGAAUCUUGUAAUCAUUGGAUCAAGUGUUUGUCAUAUUUUCUCUGGUAUAGGGAUCCGGAUAAUCAGAAAUUACAUUAAGAGCGGUCAGAAUCAUCAUUCCAAAUUGGUGCAUGAGCCAGUAAUCAAAAAUGACGAAAGGGAUGAUAUCGGCUUAGGUGGUAUCACAGGAUUAAUCGGAUUGGGUUAUAGAAAGUCCAUGAUAUCAAGACUCAUACCAGGAUUGAGUCCGUUACUGUUUUCAGGGUAUUUAUUGCUUCCAUUAAUAGGGUACCAUUUCACGAAAUUCAGGCAUAUUCCUAACGUUAUUGAUGGUGAUUCAAGCUUGAUUAACUUGGAAUAUAUUACAUACUACUUAAACAAAUCACCAUUAGAAAAGGUCGGAAAUGCCAUAAAUUACAUUGCUCUAAUGGGCUUGGUCGUAGUAGGAUCUUACCAUUUUGUCAGUGGCUUCUUGAAAUUAAACCAUAAAUAUAGCUUGAACUAUAAAAAAUUAGGAUACUCAUUCAUUGGUGGACUCAGUAUAUUGGGGUGCAUCAGUCUCGUAAGAUUCAAGAGCUUGCCAUUGGCAGAAGGAUUCAUAGGAAAACUGUUUACUAAUUACGUGAAUUAUUUAGCAGUAUAA